AUGAAUGAUGACCAUAUUGUACAGUUUUUGACUGAUAUCGAAAAAGCUGGAAGUUCAUCCGUUUUAAGCAAAGUGACAGAACCAUUUGCUGAACGAAUGGCUGAGUCAUUAAGAAGAAUGUUGAUAUCACCAAUUAACCCAUUUUCUUUGUUAUAUAAUUUUAUACACAUAGAAAUUGAAAGUUACAAUCCAAAUGAUUUUCCCACAUUAAGUAGCAUAGAUGUAGUGAGCUAUUUAAUGUUGAGCACCAGUUUUUACACACAACAGCAAAUUAAAGCCUACAAAAGACUGCAAGCAUACAAAUACUUUGAAGCAGGUUUUGUGAUUCAUAAGAUUAAACAUUCACAAAAAAUGAAAGAGCCACCACUACAAGCAUGGGUUGUGUGUAACCAAGAUGGAAGUGUAGAAACAGGACAUUGUACAUGUAUGGCAGGUGCAGAAGUGUGUAGCCAUGUAGGUGCGAUAUUGUAUGCACAGCAAUAUAUAAUAGCUGCAUCAAAAGAUAAUAUAUCAUGUACGGAUGUGAGGUCCCUCUGGAAUGUGCCCAAAACUGCAAAGGUUGCAUGUAAACCAAUUAGAGCUGAUUUGACUGCACAAACUGUAACAGAAACACAACCAUCAAUGUCGCUGUCUAACCAAACUCUACCUCCAUUAUCACACCAAAAUACCCUUUUACAACAUACCGAGUCAGAAUUACCUAAUGUAAAUACAGAAGAAAUAGGAAAUAAAGAAACGCAUUCAAAACGCUCUAUAAAUGAAGUCAUCUCUCGAGAAACUAACACUGCACCUCAAGAAAGCCCAUUUGUAACACCAAAAUCCACAGGAACUCUAAAAAGCCAAAGAAAACUAAACUUGAAGAAAUGCAUUCGGAUUUAUCCUUUUCAUCCAUGA